CACAGCGCCUCACCACCAGCAACCACCAUCCGCUAGCUUCUUUUAGCCUCUUCAGCUAACCCCGCGGACCCACAGACGCAUCUGUCCUCCCUCUGUCGGUUAUGUGUGUCGCUUGAUUUCUACCGACGUUGACGGUGUGAGCGACUGAAGUGAAGCUGCGGUGUGAAGAUGCAGUUCAUGCUGCUGUUCAGCCGGCAGGGAAAGCUGCGCCUACAGAAAUGGUACGUGCCUCUGUCCGACAAGGAGAGGAAGAAGAUCUCCAGGGACCUGGUGCAGACCAUACUGGCCAGGAAACCCAAGAUGUGCAGCUUCUUGGAGUGGAGGGACCUCAAGAUUGUGUACAAGAGAUAUGCAAGCCUGUACUUCUGCUGUGCAGUCGAGGAUCAGGAUAACGAGCUGAUCACGUUGGAAAUCAUCCACAGAUACGUGGAGCUGCUGGACAAAUACUUUGGCAGUGUGUGUGAGCUGGAUAUCAUCUUCAACUUUGAGAAGGCCUACUUCAUCCUGGAUGAGUUCCUGCUGGGCGGAGAGGCCCAGGAGACGUCCAAGAAGAACGUGCUGAAGGCCAUUGAGCAGGCCGACCUGCUGCAGGAGGAGGCCGAGGCGCCGCGGAGCGUUUUAGAGGAGAUUGGGCUGACAUGAAUCACCCCUCUGCUGCCUCGCCGCUUUCUUCCAAUUCAGAUCUGGCAAUCUCCAUGACUCCCCCCCCCCGCCCCCGUCUUCUCCUGGUCACUGUGUCAGUGUUGUAUGUAUAUAAUCACCAUCUCUGUACCGUACUCUCCUGUAAUGUCCUUUCAAUGUGGUGCCAACUGUGCUUUUGAUGUGUCUCCUUAUGUACAAGUUCCCUCGCUGUAUCCCGCUGUGCUAUUAUCGUACGUCACUCUCGUAACUUCUUCAAAACGCCACAGAGAACAAUGUAGCAACAACAUGAAAUCUCCAGCAUCAUAUUAAGAUCAUCCAUCAUCACCGCUUGAAGGGUUGGUUGUGCUGUUCGGCUUCAGGAACUUUUUAAGGUGCUGUUGAAGCUGCAGUUGGUUCGAGUCACAGAGCAAAGCAUCUGAUUUCAGGAAAGAAUAAAUACUCAGCCAUGGAAAUUAGAUUUUUUUCCCCACACAUUUCUUAACUCUUCCAACCAAGUGGAUGAAAAAGACUUUUCUAUCAAAUAAUAAAUGUUAAUUUUGCUUCUUGUACAAAUUGAGUAAGGAGAUAUGUCAUUUUGGGCUAUCGUCUCAGAGCCUGUUCAGACUUGGGUGUUCACAUCCGCCCUGCUGCUUAGAGCUGUACACUCGUGAUCGGAUCUCAGGGCGGAUGUUAAUACCAAGUCUGAACAGAGCCUAGAAAUAACUUCUGAACAGCAGCAGUGUUGUGAAAUGACCUCCUGGGUUUUUAGUUCUUUUUUUAAAAAAGAUAGUCAGGAAUGUAUUUUUUUGGAAGAUCUGUUGCUCAGCUCUGUGGCUCAAAUAUAACAAUUAAACUUUUAUCAACUUGGGCUCGUGCUAAUGUGGGAAACACUGAAACUGUUACAAUCACUUCUAUGUGGGUAAAUUCAGCCCAGCAGAGAAAUUAAAAAUAAGUACCUACAAUCAGUA